AUGGAGCCGGUGUCCAUCUUGUUGGCAACAGGUGCCAUUGCCAUCUAUGCUGCGCAUCGCGCAGAACAGAUGUCGGAGAAGGCACGGCGGGGCCCCAUCACCCUGCCGGAGAUGAUGGAUGCGAAGAAUGUGGACGACGAUGCCCCUGUCCAGCUUCUCGCCGUCCACGUGCGCAGUGGUCGAUUCCGCCAGGGUUUCCUUGGGCAGCAACUCAAGGUGCGUGUAAAGUAUGGCGACCCUGGCGUGUCCAUCCACUGCGACACCACGCAGGCGAUGCCGCUUCCAGAGCCUCCGUCGCCUGGAGCGAGGUACGUCAGCCGACUUCAGGAGGGCCUGGCCGCCGGGGCGCGGGAGUGCCUCAACGCCGAGUUCGGCACAACGUGCCUCUUCCUCGGCCAACGUGCUGCGCACAACAAGAUAAGGAUCCGACUCAUCCGAGCGGGCUUCGUAGGAAAGACUGUGGCGAAAGCCGAGCUCCAGAUUCCGUCCCUCGGAUUGUGUGGGCCCUGGAUGGAGCACGAGCUUGAGCUAGUAGGCAACGGUGGCCCGAUAAGUUCCGUACUGGGCCACCUGGACAUCGCCUUAGAGACGAAGGUCAUGCUGAAGGGUGAGCUUCGUCAGUACCUGCGGCUUUUGGGAGCCAAGAAGCAGCACGAGGGCUUUCUCAUGCACAUCUUGCCGGUGACGGAGGGUGAGGUCGUCCAACAGGAAGCUGAGGAUGAGAACCCCAUAGUCCAGGGGCAGGUGAUCCGGCCCGAGGGUUUCGGUGGGCCGCGCUUGUGCGGUCUCUGCGGUUCGAGCCGGCGACCCACGCAGCCCACGAUGAUGCGUGCCUGA